UGACACAUUGGCUUGUAGUUAUUUAUAUGGCUAUUGUUUUUUAUUAACACAUUCUACUGACAGAAUUAAGUGUUCCUCGCAUAAUUUGUACGUAGUCAAAAAAUAGAAAUACAAUCUUCUAAAGCAUACAAAAAACUUUAUGCAAAAAGUUUUCUAAUAUCGAAACUAUGCAGAGUUCCAGCUGUGCGUUGUAGACUAAUUCAGUCAUCCAACGCCUUUUGAAUUUGUUGGCCGAUUUCGUGGACUUGAAAGAGAAGGCCAAGGAGGUCGUCAGGUGUUCGCUUUGUUAUUAGUACUUUCUCUGGAUACGGUAAUCUACAUCAGAUAUUUGGAAUAUACCGAUACUUUUCAAUUUCAAAAUGUAUUGCCUGCAAUGUCUGCUGCCAGUGCUGCUUAUACCUAAGCCAACAAAUCCUGCGCUUAUGGAAACGCAUGUUAUGUUCAUCGUACUCUACCUGAUCGGCUUCUUUCUAGAGCGAAAACCGUGCACUAUCUGUAGUUUAAUAUUUUUGACAGCCGUAUUCCUUAUCUGUUACAGUGGUGUGGGAAAUUGUAUAUUUUGGGGCAACUGCGAGGGACACCAAUGUGAAAAUGGAUAGAAAAAUACGAAGCUGUCAUGCUACGCUAAAUGGAUACUCAAUGCAUAAUAAAUUUAGCAUUAUUAAAUGCUAUCGUGCUAUAUACAACUUUGGGUAUCCCCUUAGUUAAUGAUUAUUAAAAUAUAUAUAUAUAUUUUUCAUUAGUUAACUUGUAUUGGUUUGCUGUUUUAAAUGUUGCUGUGUUUUAACGCUCUUAAAAUAAUUUCAAUAAUAUCGUACUUUUAACGAAAAAGUCUAUAAAACCAUAACAGUCGUAAUAAGCGGGAUUAUGUCGAGAUAACACUUUAUAUUACAUACCAAUUUUUUGUCUAAUAAAAACUAGCGCAUACGUAAAACCACGAA